GUGCGAGUGAAGUGCAUCAUAAGUAGAUCAUAGAUACUUUUAUGGUGCUUUUGGUUUUAUUAAUAAUAACCAAUGAUGGUAAAAUUUUAUUUAGUUGCAUAAGAACAAAAUAGAGUCUUGAGUCACAAUGCCUGGAUGUAACAUUUAUGUAUGGCUGUUUCUAUUCGCUGCUUUUGCGAGAGAUCUAUUGGCAGUCACAGUCCAGACGGGUUUAUACAAUCGAGUUGAGCUGAGAGGAGAAAAACUUGGUCAGCAAACUGUUGAUUCCUUAAAGGAAGUGGAAUGGACCCAUCUGAAAAAUCUGAACAAAACAUGUCUUUGUCUUAAAUUUCUUAAACAAAACAGUUCACAAAUAGUUUACAGCCAAUGCUGUGGUAAAGCUCAUUUCGAUUUAAACAAUAACAGCCUCAUUUUGGAGAAUGUGACAGCGCAGGUUGAAGGAGUAUUCAAGGAAACUAUUAUUACAAAUAAUUCUUCCACAAAAAGCUUCAUCUUCGUAUUAAAUAUUUUACACCCAUUAGAUGCAACAGGAAUUGUUGUCUCCUGGAGUGUCAACAACACAUCUGUGUCUCUCACGUGUAAAGUGAGCGGAACGCAUACCAAUAUAAUGUGGAAGAGAGAAGAUUCUCCAAUUCAAAGGGACAACAGACACUCAUUCAGUGAAAACAACCAGACUCUACACAUCAGCAAUAUAACCAGUUCAGAUGAUGGAAAAUACAGUUGUGUAGCAACAAAUUCAAUUGGAAAAUCAGAAACACAAACUUACAUUACCAGUGAGGAAGUUUUCACAUACGGUGAAAACACAACAUUUUCCCAAAAACAUGAUGCUAACAGCAAACAAAAUCAGGCUUUCCUUUGGAGUGGACUUGCAUUAGGCGUUCUGGGACUGUGUAUUAUUUUGUUCUACGGCAUUUACAAAUACCGUAAAAGUCACAGAACAGAAAAUAACAGAACUACAGAAGAGGAUGUUGACAUUAGUCUUGGAAUUUAUCAGGAAGUUCCUGGCACUGAGGUGUCUCUUUUGCCAUACAUCUACACAGACUUCAUUAAGCCACGAGAGGCCAAUCAGAACUUAGCAGCAGCAGAAGACACUAAGGAUUCUGAAUAUUCUGAGAUUGGACCAGCAGUCAGAGACGAAAUCAUUUUGGAUCACAGCAGCUCAGAUGAACAGCCCACAUCGUGUACUAGAACUGCUGAGGAAUAACAGCUGAUAAGAGGAAUAUUCAUUGAUUCGUGUCUGAUGCAACCAAGAACAUCAACAACUAAUUUAAAACUGAGCAAAAUAAAUGUAAAACUUUGUUUAAGAUAUCAUACUUGACCGCUAAGUGGGGGCAAAACAACCAUUGUGUUUCCUCUUGAACUUGCUGCUUCCUGUGUACGUCAUGGUACUGUGGUCUUGUGAUAAUGUCAUAAAAACACUUUGGCUUUUAAAGUCACAUUUAAUAGGAAUCGUCACUGCAACCCAUUGAUGAAUAUUAUACACAUUAGAUAAAUGACUUAUGUCAUUCAGGGUAAUUGGGAGAGCAAACGAUGGUUUGUCCUGCAUGUCAACCUCUGUUAAAGGUCCUGUACAUCAAUGAAAUGACUUGUCAAGAAGUCAGGGACAGUAUAAUUGCUGUUAAAAGGCAAGACUACAUGUCAGUGAAGUGACUUUGUGUGAUGUAUUUAAUCUUUCUAAAUGGACAGAACAUCUUAGUGAGAUCAUUACAUGUGUAGAAGAUAGGCUAGACUUUGUAAUGCAUGCCCGGUUUUCCGACAUGUUUUUUCAAAGAUUUACUUUUUCCAAGUUGAUGUGUCAACAGUCGUGUUGUGUAAGUAAUGAUACUUAACAGUGUACUAGAUUUUCCAUAUCUUAAUGAUGUGUAACACUACAUGUCUUUAAAUACAUUACAACCUUGCUAAAACUAUA